AUGCAGACGCCGAAGCAUGCAGACUACACUGUAGCCAGUGGAGACGGGCAAAUAAAAGAAGGGUAACGUUAACGGAAUAAAAAGCGGCGACGACUGUCCAAGAAUAGCGGUGAAACACAAAAUAGGCAGGUAACCCAUUCUGACUAAACAAAUAAGAGAUUUCGAUAGUCAAUGGAUUUGACACAAAGGGGAAUACUGCAAAUAACUAACAGAGGUCUCCGGAAUGAAGCCGUUUACUGCAAUGAGCGUAGACGUUGUCGCAUUCCAUGACAGUGACUGGGCGGACUUAAACUAUAUCACCCCGGCCCCUACUGCUAAUUUAACACAUGCACAAGUUGAAUUGCUGGCAAAUGUGAAUAACAGGAGUCCAGCGAGAGGCUUGUGAGGGAUCAGAGGUCUGAGGCUGGCUGCUUAAGACGCACAAGCGGAUUAGGACCCGUGAGCAGGUGCCUUUGUUGGCUCGCGCCGUUGCCAGUGGAGACCCGCAGUAGCACGACGCGCAAAAGGAGACGCUCGUUUAAAAUUAAUGCCUCGAAAUGAGUCACUUCAGCACACGGGGAAUAAAACGCGUUUGACAGUUUUAGGAGCUUUUCACCCAGCACGAGUUCCGGCACCAUGUUCUACGGUUCCACCUCAGCCAGCAUGUCUCUGCCGUCCAAGAACCGUCUGAAGCGCCAGAGUCGCACCUUCACGCAGGUUCUCUACCGGACACUGAGUUAUCGAGACCGCCGUUCCGUGACCGACCUACCUGAGCAGGUACGGGAUGAUCCAGCUGAGCUUUCCACGCAGUCGUCAGCGCCAGGUGUGCUGAAGAUAUUUGGUGAUGAAAUUAGCGCUGGUGCUAACUAUAAGAGCGUUCUUGCCACGCCUCGCUCCAGCGCCCAAGAGCUGAUCAAGGAGGCGCUCGAUCGCUACUCUUUGAACAAGGCCUCAUCUUGUAGCUACGUGUUGUGCGACGUGAUUGGCCGCUUCGAGGGACCGGAGCGGCGAUGGCGGACCGAGUGCCUUCGGGCACUUGGGAACAACGAAAAACCUCUUCUUCUGCAAGACCUGUGGAAGCCGAAGGAGGGGUACGCUCGCCGUUUUGAGCUGAGACGAAGAGCCGAGGUGGAGGAGCUAGCAGCUAAAGAGAAAGACACAAUAACUGCAGGGACCCACACAAACUCCCCUGUGCAAUCUUCAUCCCUCAGUAGAAGCGGGAAUGCUAGAUGCUAUCGGAGCUCCCCCAGGGGCUGGCGUAUGGUACAGCCCUGUACAGCUUUUGUUAAAGAUAUAAACGCUCAAGCGAGGAAGCUGCAAAGAAACCGCGCUAAAGGAACGAUGACGCUCCAGCACGGAACAUCGUUCUGCCGCAGCCUCAGUGAAACCAGUCUUAACUUGGUGGGCUUGCCCGGUGAGGAACCCAAGCGGUACUACUCCACCCUCCCUGGGCCAAUCAGAACACGCUCCGCAAGGGACCACGAGACCCGUAAGGAGCGUGACGGGGGCGGAGUUAAACACUCUCUUUACCAGUCGCCACACUUGCUGCUUCUUCAAGGCUACAACCAACAGGAUUGCCUGGUUUACCUGUUGAACAGGGACCAACACACAGUCGGUCAGGAAACAGCGUCAGCCCGGCCGAAUAUCUGCCUCUCGUCUCCAGAUGUUCUUCCACUUCACUGCCGAAUCCGUCGUGCUCCAUCACGGCGCACCUCCUCAGAACAACGCUUACUCCUGGAGCCUGUCGCCCACGGGAACGUGCUGGUUAACUUCAUGCGUAUCGAGCGGCCCACUCCUCUUCGUCAUGGCGAUUUAUUGUCUUUUGGUGCUCAUUAUAUCUUCCUGUACAAAGACCCAUUGAGUGCGAAGCCUCUUCCCGCCCAAACCCUCACUCGACUCAGAGCGCUGGCGCGUCUUUGUGAUGCUGAGUCGGGGGGUGCGCCUGAGAAAGGGGAGGCGUGUCGUAUGUGUGGGGCCGUAUUGCAUGAACCGGUGGCGUCUCGACGCAGCUCUAAGGCUCCAGUUCGCAGUGCACAGAAACGAAAGCUCGCGUUGGAAUUUGAGCGGGCUCACGAGGAUGCUCUGGUGAGCCGGGUGCUGACGCUUAUCGAGCCGAGCGGGGAUGACCAUAAGCUGACUCCAGCAUAUCUGCUGUGCCUGUGCAUCAAACACUCAGCUAAUACAUUUCCACCUGGCAGCUUCGGUAAACUAUUGCUGAAAAUUGCCAAGAGGAUUCAAACCAUAGCAUGGGAGAAGACAAAGGACUUGGCCCAGAAGCAAGCUCAGCAUCAGGACCCCUCCUCGCUUUCUCUGCUCAGCAUCUCGGACCUGGUACCCGACCUCCAGUUUAUAUUCUUCUGGAUGUCCAACGCCAUCGAAAUACUUUAUUUUAUUCAGCAGAAAUCCCCCACAUACAUGCAGGCUAUUGAGCUCAUGGAUAAUAAAGCAGGAUCUAAAGAGUCUCUCCUCUCAGCAACAAUAUCAGCAAACGAAGAAGCCAUGACCAUAUUAGAAGAAGUAAUCAUGUACACGUUCCAACAAUGUGUCUACUACAUCACUAAGACUUUGUACGUUGUGUUGCCCGGCCUGUUAGACUGUAACCCGUUUGGGGCCGAGCCUUCAUCCGAGCAGUGUCGCCGAGCUGUGGGCGCCUGCGUGUGUGCCGUGUGUGUGAUGCCAGAGGCCGUACGAAGGGUGGUGAGCGUGUUUCAGACGACAGCCGACCUCCUCCAGCAGUACCAGGUUCAUUCUGAGAUUCAGAGUCAAAUGUUCGCCUACCUCUUCUUCUUUACCAACGUAUCGCUCUUCAAUCAACUCAUCGAUAAAGGCCCUGCUCGCGGCUGGUUUCAGCGUUCCCGCGUCUUGCAGAUUCAGGCUUGUCUGAAGAUGGUAUUGGACUGGGCGAAAGGGGCGGGGCACAGUCAUCUCGCUCAGAAAUUUUUCGCCAAGUUCUGCAGCACUUUGAGCAUCUUGGCCACGCCCCCUCAACAGCUUACACAGAUGAGUUGGAAAGCUUUGUGCGCAGAGCACCCCUCUCUGAAACCCGUCCAGCUACACAGAAUCUUAACACAGUACCAGCUUAUGGCUGAACUGGGUCCUCUGCCAAUCUGGCAACCGAGCAGUGAAGACGAGGCCUAUAUCUACAGAACAGUAGAUCUACUGGAGAGUUUUGAGAAUCAUCCUCCUAUCGUGCUACCCAGCGCUGGCUUUAAAGUGGACCUGGAGAGCGAUUGUGUCGAGGACAGUAUAUACCGCCAGCUUCUUUACGUUCGUCACUUUGUGUGGGGUCUGCGCACCAAGACCCAUCCCUCUAAUGGCUGCACAGACCGACAGGAAGCCCAGCGUGACCCUCAACCCCACACCAGCCCGCACCCAGUGCCUUCUCUGCGUGGGGAGGGAGAAGGGGAGGUGCGGGGCCCCUCGGCCGGUCUCGGAGGAAGAGGAGAAGGGUCAGGAGCCGAGGAUCGUCCACGAGACAAACCGCCACACAGCAUUCACUACAGGAAUGGGAACGGAGUCCGCUACGGCAACCAAACCCAAACGACAGACUCUUCCUGUAUAAUGACUCCGCCCAACACGCCUCUCUAUCCCGAACACACGUAUAUACACUCCAAUACACAGUCUAAUCCGGCCCACUACUCUGAGCAUGCUUCACAAGAGCACACACAUACACACUCGCACACUAAAUCUAACGGUUGCAUGCGUUCCACCCCAGAACACAAGAAAAUCAAUGGCUUCAUCAGCAAUGGCUUCGAAGGCCCUGUAAGUGGUUGUGGCUUUCCUUUCCCUGUCCAUGUCUCUCACAAUCUGGGCCCAAACUCUGAUGAUAUCUGUUCCGUCUUUGUAGUGGACCUGGAUAAAGGACCGUACGGCCUGGGAAUGGGACUUAUCGAUGGACUUCAUACCCCUUUGAACUCUCCUGGAAUCUACAUCAGGACACUGAUUCCAGAUGGACCAGCUGCUGCAGAUGGAAGACUUGGCAUCGGUGACAGAAUCCUGGCUGUAGACGGGACGAGUCUCAUUGGAGCGGACUACCAGAGUGCUGUUGAUUUGAUUCGUCUGGGGGGAGGACGGCUCAGGUUUCUCGUCGCCAAAUCAGAUCUUGACGUAUCAGAGAAGAUCAUCGCCUCUUCCUGCUGAGAGAGUGACUGCAAGUGUGACUCUCUACUUAGACGAAAUAUGAGGAGAGACAUCGAGUCCUCCUUAGACUAGAGACAGGAGAAUAAGCACACUAUAGACCUUGCAGCCCUGUACAAUACUGCACUAGUUCUCAUUCUGAGAAUGACAGUUUGACAGCUCUGACUUACUUUACCUCUUACACAAAUUGGUUGUGCUUUUUGAAUGUCAAAAAUAGGGGAAGGUAUUCGUGUACGUAAUCUGGCUGAUGUGAUGUCAACCCAGUGACAUCGCUGAAAAUUACUGGGCUUGAAACAAAAGGUUUAUGGGUGGUCCCAUUCUUCUCCUGCCUAAUGAAUAAGCUAUACCAUAGAGGACAUUGGUGGAUAUCCUCAUCAAGAAGCCCAUGACCAUAUUCCCAGUUGCCCGUCCUACCAACCCCCAACCACAACCCUGUUAAAAUCUGUUAGAUGGUGUUAUUUGCUCGUAAUAACAAACAAUACUGUAUCUGUACUAUACAGGGUCCUAACCAAACGCGAAAUAGUGCACACACAUUCACCCAUCUGUCUGUACCACGCUGCAUCCCAGUUCACCUACUUAGAUUUACUUAAAGUAUGCACUUUCUGCCAUGGAAAAUAUAUACAUUUGAGUGCAUAGCAGAGCAUAUCACUGCUGUCCUUCUGUAACCUCGUAUCUCCAUAUUUCGUGAUUAUUUUUUGCCAUAAAUCAUUAUUAUUAGUCACCCUUAUGUUUGUCACUGGGUUUGCAAAUAUCUAACCAAGAACUAAAGUAUAAGUGCUUUUCAACUUUGACAACAAAAUACGUAAUCAUUGAAAAAGUAAAGUGUUUUUUUCCAUUUCCUAAAAAACAGCGAAUUUGGACAUACAAGGUUUUAGAAGGACAGGGAUAUAUGCAAGUAUGUAAAGGAAGUGAAAAUUGUUGUCUAGACGCACAAUUUUAUUGUUUAAAGCUAUAUAAAUAUUUGUUAUAGUCCUAUAGUUUAAUUUAAUAUUUUUUAUAUAGCACUACUUUUUCAAUAUUUUUAUAUAGCACUAUUUAUUCAAUUGAUGAAUUUGUGUAGCGACACUAAACUUCUCCCAUUUGCAACGAGUUAUAGAUUUUAAUACUAUUUACUGAACUCGCGUUCGCUUUUUUUUUGCUCGUUUUUCUUAGCACGUUGCUUUCCGAAGUCUCCUGCUUGUCAUAAUGAAUAUUAAUCAUCAAAGAUGGACAAGCAGCGAUUGAUUGUGGCAGGUUCAGAAACUACUAUUUAAAUACUACGAAAAAAUAGACAGCAUGACAUAAACAGAAGCUUCACCGAACAUUUAAAAUGUAAAGGUAUGCAUUUUAUCCUACGCCUGUUUAUCUUAGAAGUUUGUUAUACUGUAAGUAAUGAAAACGGAUAAACUUGUCUACACGCUGUUUUGUGAUUCGCGUCACUCUUUGCGUUCAGUGUGUCGCGUCUGGUUAGUUCCCUGAUGUACAUUAAAGAUGUUUAAGUGGCCUCGCGAAAAGGCAGAAUUGAAUGUAUUUUCUAUAUUUGGUAGAAAUAUUGAGGACAAAAAUCUUUCACUAAAUAUCACAUUUUAUUGGUUAAGAAAAUCGCAACAGGUGUUUGCCGUAUGCAAAAUCCUCGAAUAGAAACAACGUUAGCUCAAAUAUUUGAAGGUUUCAUUAGUGGAGUUUCAUAUAUGAACGUAACUAACUCUCUCUCUCUCUCUCUCUCUCUCUCUCUCUCUCUCUCUCUCUCUCUCUCU